AUGGAUGUUGUACUGAGGCAGGUGGAGCAGCUGCCGGCGCUCCUGGCUGUGUCCCGCUCCGCGCUGGUGCGGGACUGGGACCCGCUCACCCUGGACAGGGCUCUAGAGUGGGCCCGGUAUUUCCACCACCUCUACGACCGUUUCCGUGCCCGUCCCCAGCUCCGGGAGGCCCUCGGGCGGCGGCUGCGCCGGUCUCAGCCGUACCCUCUGCUCGGCUUCCCCGCGCUGGGCCGCUGUCCGCAGCUGUUGGGGCUGGCGCUGCUGGAGAACCGCGCUUUGCCGCCCGCCGCCUGCCGCUGCCUGCUCCGCAGCCUCCUGCACCCUCCCGGCGCGGGGACCGGCUCCGAUCCCCACGGCCUGGAGCUGCUCGCCCGCCGCAAGGCCGCUGCCUGCCUGCUGCCGUUGUCCCACCGUCCGCCGCGGCGCGCCCCCGGGCCAGAGCCGCAGCUGCAGGCCGAGGCCCAGCUGCUGCUAAGCCGGCUGCGGGAGGAAGGGCAGGAGGUCGGGGAGGUCGCGGGACAGCUGCGUUGGCUGUGCGGUGUCCUGGAGCAGCUGUCCCAGCCCCGCGCCUUCGGGGUCGUGGCGGCGGCGCUGGCUCUGCUCAAGCAGGGGCGUGGCGCUGAGCUGGCCGGAGACAGGGAUCGGGGUGGGAGCAGCAGCCAAGACGGGUACCAGGCGGGUGCUGCCGGAGACGAAUGCGCCGCCGGGCUCCUGCUUUCCUGGCUGCUGGGCAACCAGGAACGAUUUUCUGCCUUCUGCCUUUGCCUCCCAGGUUCCCAUCUUGCCUUCCUAGCUGGUCACUAUUCCCAGUUAGCCAGAUCUUAUUUGGACCUCUUAACCAGCUGGGGAAGCCACUUGCUCUAUGACCCCUUGCAGGGACGAUGGGUUAAAAGUGGCCUUGACAAGGCUGAAUUGUCCUGGGAGGAAUUAAGGGAGCGCUUCAGCUGCCUCUGUCAGGGAUCUACAGUGCUCAAAGAACAUACCCAAGCUGCUCUGGAACUCCUGAGGACACAAGAUGGAGACUUCAAAGUCCGUGGGCUAAGUGUGUGGACUGACUUACUGAUGGAAGUAGGCUACUAAUGCAUGAACACAAAAGCAACGUGCAAACGUAUAAAAUCAAGUAAAUCUGGUUAACUCUAUUUGAUGUGAAAGGCAAGACAUCUGCUCCUCACUUUGUUGAAAGCCAAAUGUUAUUGUAACUGCUGAUCACAAUGAUUCUGACUGCAUCAGGUUCUGAAAUCUUUCAGGGAUGCCUGGUGUUUUGUGAUUGUGCUGUCAUUUCUGGUCAACACAGAAAAUGUCUUCCUUUUCAGUACUUGCUGAUUAAUUACCUAAUAAAAUGAAGAAAAUCCAUUCUCCUUCAAAUAUGGAGUAGUUUUCUGUUUAGAAAAUAAGACAGUUCUGAUAUGGUCAUGGUAUUCAUGUUUCUAAAUGUUGGAGGCUGAGCAAAAGUUCAAAGGGAGAGUGGCGUUUCAAAUGUGAAAAACACAAAUUCAGUGCUCCUUUAGUAGUGAUUGUCUUCAUUGGGCUGUCUGCUCUGGUGGCCACAUCGAUGUCGAUGCUUCUGUAGCUCUUGCACAUGACUUAACCCCAGUGUCAGUGAAGGAGGUGAGUGGAAGCCAACUGGAAAGCUUCUUGAAAAGUUCUAAAAUAAAGGUCUUUAUUAGUUGCUAUAUUAUUUGAUAAUAUCCAGGUAUUUCCUAAGAAAAGUGAGGCAAAAUGUAAGAUGUUCUGUGUGGUUUUCUUCCCAUUUCCAUAAUUUAUUACAUGAUUCAUUGCCUCAUGAAGCAGAAAAGUGAGUGAACAUCAAGCUUUUUUAUUACAUGUAUAUAUAAAAUGUAUUAUAUAUAUAAAACUUUGUCUAUAUAUUUUUACAAAAUAUUAUAUAAUUGUAUGUAUAAAAUAUGUGAUAUAUAGAG